CGAAUUUAUAUUCUUUCGCUGACAUCUAAGAUCAGUAUGAUAGAAGGCAUAAUCACGGAUACUCAACGUGUAAGUGUGAAACGAUUGUCAGUUAUAACGUAACAUCAUGGCCGAGGGUAAUAGCAGCAACUGUGAUGUGAUGGAAUUAUCAGAGGCGGUGAAAUUUAUCUGUAGGCAUGCACAAGAUGUAUCAGUCAAUAGAAAAAAAAUCAAGAAAGUAGCGCAAGAUGUGGUGCGAUAUUUAAUGAAUCAUAUCGAGAGUUUUAAUUAUUCUAAUACCUAUGUGAUGCGUCCCAUUACAUAUCCGGUUAGCACAACUCUGACGACAGCGGAUUGGCUAUUUGUGUUACAUACAUUGAAUUUUUCACUCUGGUAUCCAAAAGAUAGUAAACAAUGGAAAGUUAAUGGUAAAAAGGGAUAUAUUGGAUUAUGCAAUGCUAUUAAUCGGGCCUAUGAAGAUGGAAAACCUAUAUGGAAUCCUGAAUAUUACACAAAAAUGACAAAAAGUGAGUUAGAAUGUAUUUUACAAAGUGACGAUGGUGAACCUGAAAUUCCACUUAUAGAUGAAAGACUUAGGAUUUUACAUGAAGUUGGAGAAGUUUUGUUGCAGAAGUAUAAAGGAACUUUUAUGGAAUGUCUCAAAUCAUCCGAAUACGAUGCAGACAAAUUGAUGAAAUUACUUUUCGAUGAAUUCGAGUCAUAUCGGGACGAAGUAAAAUACGAUGGAAAAAAAGUGUGUUUUCUUGUAAAGGCUCGAUCUCUGGUGAUUGACAUUUGGGAUUACUUUAAGGAAUCACCUAAUAAGUUUAAAUUAAAUAAAUCAAAGAUGAUGUCUACAAUAUUCACUGAUUAUUGUAUUCCUCAAUUAUUAUUUAAAUUAAAAAUUCUACAAUACAGUGGCGGCUUCAAGAAAAGAUUGAAAAAUAGCAAUGUACCGCUUGAGCACGGAAGCAGGGAAGAAAUAGAGAUACGCGGUUGCUCACUCUUCGCCGCCAAUAAAAUAUACAAAGAAGUGAAGAAAUUAAUCGAGCGCCUUGUACUAGAAAAACGUUUGUCAGAUUCGGUAACGCCCGUCACACAGCUAGUGGUAGAUAAUUUCCUUUUGAAAUUUAUAUUUACUUAUAAUUAUGAUAAUAAUUCUUUAAAAAAGUACCCGCUACACUAUAUUAGAACUGUGCACUACUAAACACUUAUUAUUAUAUUUUUUUAUAUUAUUGUCAGUUUGCGAAUAACUGAAAAUAUAACCACUUUUGUAAUAAUGAUAUGCUGAUGCACACAUCAUAAUCUCAGUAAUAUAAUAAAAUUAUUGUAAAAUUUUCUGUCAGUAAUAAUGAUGACGCAUUCGAUUCUCAUUUUAUCAAGUGAGAUAGAUAUAUAAUCCAAAAAUGUUUCUUUUAUCAUUGUAAUAUAUGUAGUUUUAUUUGGAAAUAUCUAUAUGUAUUCGAGAAAUGACAUUGUGUAUUAUGCUGAUAUAUAUGCA